CUUCCAUAUUUCCGUGAUGAUCGCGAAAUCAUUCUCAGAGUAGGAAGUUCAGCACGACGAGUUUACACCAUCAGGCUUUUUAGUAUAUAAACAUGAGUGAAACGAAGCAAGAAGUUCCCUCCGUUAAUAAAAAGGUUGCUACAGCAGAGGAAAUUGACUGGGCAGUAGCUAAAGCCCACUACGAAAACUUGAAAUCUAAGAAACCGAGACCUCCCAAACCAAAAUAUGCAGUUACAAUCGCAGUUUCGUCCCGGACCUUGUUUGAUAUGACUGGAGAGAGGAAGAUAUUUGAGGAACAGGGGCUGGAAAAAUAUGUAGAAUAUCAGCAAGAUCAUGAAAACGAGCCCCUGAAACCUGGUCCUGCUUUUCCUUUUGUUAAGGCGCUGAUGACUGUAAAUGAACGACUCAGGACUCUCUAUCCAGACAGUGAAGAGCUGUUUGACAUCGUUCUCAUGACCAACAAUCAUGCCCAGGUUGGAGUGCGACUCAUGAACAGUAUAAAUCACUAUGAUCUGACCAUUGAGCGUUUCUGCAUGACUGGAGGUCAAAGCCCAAUCGGCUACCUCAAGGCCUAUAUGACCAACCUGUAUCUUUCUAAAGACUCCAAGAAAGUCCUGGAGGCCAUUGAGGAGGGUAUAGCAGCAGCCAUUAUGUUCAAUCCUGAUAUGGAGACAGAGCUCUCUGACACUCAACUUCGUGUGGCCUUCGAUGGGGAUGCUGUAAUUUUCUCUGAUGAGUCAGAGAUUAUUGUGAAGAAGCACGGCCUGGACACGUUCUUUGAACAUGAAAAGCAGCAUGAGAACAAGCCACUGGCUCAGGGUCCUCUUAAGUGUUUUCUGGAGGCUCUUGGGAAGCUUCAAAAGAAAUUCUAUGCCAAGAAUGAGCGGCUGAACUGCCCUGUUCGCACCUUUUUGGUAACUGCCAGAAGUGCAGCAAGCUCUGGGGCACGUGUGCUUAAGACACUUAGAAGCUGGGGCCUCGAGAUAGAUGAGGCUUUGUUCCUGGCUGGGGCCCCUAAAGGGCCUCUGCUGCAGAAGAUACAUCCACACAUCUUCUUUGAUGACCAGAUGUUCCAUAUUGAGGGGGCCAAGGAGAUGGGCACUAUUUCUGCCCAUGUGCCGUAUGGAAUAGGACAAAAGUAUAACAAGGGGGAGCUGAUUCAACAACCAGAAAAACAGCAGAAAUAAGAGAUAUCACUCUGAAAAGGGACCUAUUAUUCACCCUUUUACAAGAAAACUAAUAUAAGUCUCAGGUGUCCACAUAAUGUGUCUGUGAAGUUUCAGCUCUAAUACAAGACACAACAUUUAUUACACCAUGCCUUAAAUUUCUCUUUCAGGUGGGAUCAAAAACAAUUUUUUGUGUAUAUCUUUAAAACACAGUACCCUUUCAAAACGUUAAACUUAUUAGUACCGCAAAGGUACAUACUGGAACCAAAGAGAUAUUAUUAGUUCUGGUACCUAAUGUUUCUGUACCUAUACAUAUUAGGUCUUUUUUAAAGGGUACUGCCCCAGUGACAGCUGGUGUACAUAUUUUGACAUUUUUUUUCCUGUGAAUAAGUGAAAAAGCAGCUGGAUUACUUUUGCCACACAGCAUGAAGUGGAGUUUGCAUGUUCUCCUCUGUCAGGGUAGGUUUACUCUGGAUACUCCGGUUUCCUCCCAAAGGCCAAAAACUUGCAAGUUAGGUGAAUUGGAGAUACCAAAUUGUCUCUCCCCCAACCUGUGUAUGGAUUAAUUUGUCUGGAUCAACUUGGGUAUGGAUUAAGUUCUUGCCAUUAAUACAGCCAUAGAUGCUGGAAUGGCAUGAAGAAUAAAGAAAGAAUGAAAGAAACACACUGCAGACACAUUUAUGAUCAAACACAAAGUAAAUUUUGAAUAAUAGGUCCCCAUUAAUCUGUUAUAUGUCAUCCUCAGUCACAAGUGCUGCUCAUUACAUUAUAUAGCUUCUUAUAUUCAGAUUCUUUUUUAAAGAUGAAAUUGUUGCCUCUGUCAAUAAAUUACAUUUAAGAAA